CAGGAAGAGCCUUGGUGGUUCCUAACUUCUUCCAUUUAAGAAUGGAGGCCACUGUUUUCUUUGUGACCUUCAAUGCUGCAGAAAUGGUUUGGUACCCUUCCCCAGAUCUGUGCCAUGACACAAUCCUGUCUCGAAGCUCUACAGACGAUUCCUUCGACCUCACAGCUUGGUUUUUGCUCUGACAUGCACUGUCAACUGUGGGACCUUUUAUAUAGACCGGUGUGCCUUUCCAAAUCAUGUCCAGUCAAUUGAAUUUACCACAGGUGGACUCCAAUGAAGUUGUAGAAAUAUCUGAAGGAUGAUAAAUGGUAACAGCAUGGACCUGAGCUCAGUUUACAGUCUCGUGGAAAUAGAUCUGAAUACUUAACAGAAAUACCUUAUUUACAUAAUACUUUUGUAAAAAUGUCAUCUGUUUUUGCUUUGUCAUUAUGGGGUAUUGUGUGUAGAUUGCACAUUAUUCAUUUAAUCCAUUUUAGAAUAAGGCUGUAACGUAGCAAAAUGUUGGAAAAAGGGAAGUGUUCUGAAUAUUUUCACAAUGCACUGUACAUGUUUGGCCAACUUGAGAAUGAGGAUAGUAUCGUUAUGGUUGGUCAAAAGUUCUCUGUGCUACUCCAAACAGUACCUAUACGGUAACUGAUAAUUGAGCAUCACAUUAUCCCUUUACUAGCUAGCAAAGCUAGUGGUUGUGUCCGUGUCCAAUUCUACCUGUGUGUGUGGGAAAUUUUAUUCAAUGUUACUUUUCUUUCCUCAGUGGGUCAACAGAGGCUAAACUCAUAGGAAUAGAAUGACUAGUUCUCUACCUUAAAUUCCCUAAAAUGUGAUUUUUGGAUAGUCAAUCUGCUAACGUUACUGUAUCUUCCUUUCACACACUGUUUUCGGUGCUGAGUAUGGAGUACUUUUGCUUAACCAGUAGAGUUACAUCUGCUGAUGUGACGUUCAGGAGAAAAAUAAAAGUUACACCCAAUUUGCUUACUGGCACUAGAUGAUCUACUGUGAGGGAGCUCGGUCUUCUGCUGCCUUUUACUGUGAGGUUGUACGUGCUCACAUGCAUGCUCCAUCAAAGGAGGUACUGAAACUUGGGCAUUAGCAACAUUUUGUAUUUUUAUUAAUGCUUUGAAUGGUAUCAUCACCAUUGUUCAGUAACAAUCCCAUGUUUACAAGUGAGGGGAUCGUUCCAUAUAGUUCUCAUGACAGGCUUAGAAUAAAGUACAGAAUAAAAUAGGUUAAAGGGCAUAUUCCUAACUUCCUACCUCAAUGUCCACUCCCUCAAGCCAUGGGAAUAAAUUCAUAAUCUAUUAUGACCAAAAGGAUAUCUUUCAGGUUUUUGAAUUAGGCCUCUUCAGGAAUUAGUGGGUGUAUAUCAUGAAUUAAGGGGAAAUCUGCAUCCAUUUUUUUUAAAGAUUUUAAAAUGUAUUGUGAAUGCCUCCUAUGAUGUAAAUUCUACCUGUCUUUGAGAACAGUAGCACUCAUUCCCUGGACAAAGGUACCUGACAAGCUCAACAGAGCAUUGGACUUGAGUGAGGUGACUUUAGAGUGUUGACAAGCAGAAGGGUUUGUUUCUCUGAAGAUAUUAUUCUCGUAAAACUUCCACGUGACCGAGGACAGAGGGAUUUAGUAUUUUUUGUUGUUGAGUGGAACACACAAGCCUGUCCUUUCAAAGCUGUUCAUCUGUCAAUGCCAGGGUAGCAGCCACAUUGAAUGAGGUUUCAGUCUCACAUGGGCAAGAUGGACCGAUCAUAACAAUUACUUCAAAGGUGCAGAUUUGAUUUCGUAAUGACAAGCUGCUGUGCAGAAGAUGUCCACACUGUCUGCGACUGAUAUCACAGAUGUUGGUCAUGGUGAGGUGUUUGACGGGGACCCAGAGCUGCAGCUGGACUGCCUCUGCAGUGGUGACGACCGCAGCAGUGCAGAAAUGAAGCAUGAGGGCAACCUCCUCCCCCUGGAACCACCUGACCAUGCAGGGUUUUCCAGCUCCCCCCAGAAAAGGCCUCCCUCACUAGCUGAGGAUAGCAGCCCAUUGCCCAUGGAGCCCAGUGACAUCAAGGCCGACCCCGCCGGCAGCAUGCCUGCCAACACAGAGGGCCAGCCGGUGAAGAGGAAGAAGGGUCCAGCCCCCAAGAUGCUGGGAAACGAGGUGUGCAGCGUGUGCGGGGACAAGGCCUCAGGCUUCCACUACAACGUGCUGAGCUGCGAGGGCUGCAAGGGCUUCUUCCGGCGCAGCGUCAUCAAGAGUGCCCAGUAUUCGUGCAAGAACAACGGCCGCUGUGAGAUGGACAUGUACAUGCGCCGCAAGUGCCAGCAAUGCCGGCUGCGCAAGUGCCGUGAAGCGGGCAUGCUGGAGCAAUGCGUUCUCUCAGAGGAGCAGAUCCGAGUGAAAAAGAUGAAGAAGAACGAGGAAGAGACUGCACGCACGUCUGCCGUGGUGACCCCCACCCCGGUGCCAGAGGUGGUCCCGCUGGCGCCCGAGCAGUUGGAGAUGAUCGAGAAACUGGUGGCCAUGCAGAAGCAGUGCAACAAGCGCUCGUUCAUCGACCGGCCCAAAGUCACGCCGUGGCCCCAAUGUCAGGACCCUCAGAACAGGGAGGUGCGGCAGCAGCGCUUUGCCCACUUCACUGAGCUGGCCAUCAUGUCGGUCCAGGAGAUAGUGGACUUUGCCAAGCAGUUGCCUGGCUUCUUAGAGCUCACCAGAGAGGACCAGAUUGCCCUGCUGAAGACCUCAACCAUUGAGAUCAUGCUGCUGGAGACAUCGCGGAGAUACAACCCUGCCAUUGAGAGCAUCACGUUCCUGAAGGACUUCAGUUAUAACAAGGAGGAUUUUGCCAAAGCAGGGCUGCAGUUGGAGUUUAUCAACCCCAUUUUUGAGUUCUCCAAGGGCAUGAACGACCUGCACCUGGACGAGGCGGAGUAUGCUUUGCUCAUCGCCAUUAACAUCUUCUCUGCAGGUCAGAGGUCAAGUGACCGGCCCAAUGUGCAGGACCAUGAACUGGUGGAGCGACUGCAGCAGCCGUAUGUGGACGCACUUCGUUCUUACAUCAUGAUAAAGAGACCAAACGAUCACCUGAUGUUUCCACGCAUGCUCAUGAAGCUGGUCAGCCUCCGCACCCUCAGCAGCGUCCACUCUGAGCAGGUCUUCGCCCUGCGCCUCCAGGACAAGAAGCUCCCGCCGCUGCUGUCUGAAAUCUGGGACGUCCACGAGUGACUCCACUGACACCCUCACGGAACUCUGCUGCGCUUCGCAAACGUGUGUACUUGGAUGGACAUUGGAUCUGUCUUUCAAGUGUCGAAAAAAAGACUUGAGAAUGAAGCGAUGCCUCCAAGGCUAACCAAACACGACGAACCUACAGAACCUACAGAUUGGAGGAACUUUUUAAAAUUAUAUAUUUUUUUUAAUGUCUUCUGUGCAGUUUGGCAGGAUAUUGAUGGCCCUCUGUCCUGCAGACUGGGACACUAAUCUCAUGGGGGAGGUUGGGGCACAGAAAUGGAAUGAAUAUAAUUGGUAUUUCUAUGGGUUGAGGAUUGUGCACACCUGAUUUCUGUCCCUCGCCCAUUCCGUUGUAUUAAAGGUGAGACGGCUUGUGGUGAGAUUGUGCUGCCAUGGUCAGUUUGGCUCAGACUUGCUAGCCAGUGUUAACCAUUUAAAUCUAUUGAUAUCUGUUGAUAGUCAGUCUCGUGAUAGACAUAUCUUUAAUGACAAUUGCCAUGAAGCUUCAAUUGCCAAGAAGCUCCACUCUCAGAUCCACAUCAUCGAUGAUAACCCAUAGUGAAAAUAAAUGGAAAAAUACAUGUUAUAGCCCUGUGUUGCAAUGGGAUAGGAUAGAGGUAUUUUAACUGCUGCCCAAUGUUAAGAAAUGUCUUUUUGGUGUCCACUGUCCAGAUGUAUAUUAGAAUGGUAGGUCGCCUGCUUGGUACUGUUGCGAUUUUAGCAGUUUAAUAUUCAGCCAUCUGAUUUGUUCUCCUCUCGGGGAAGGAACAGGAAAGCAAUUCUGAUUUGAAUUGUUUAAGGUAAAGUGAUUGGAAGUGUUGGUAUCGUCUACCACUUUCAAGCACAGGGCCCCCCACCAACCGUUUGUAAAUGCACUCAAACAUUGAUUUACAUGUACAAAGUAUAUAUUACUAUGACAAAAUAUAUAUAUUUAGUAUGCCCACAAGUGAAGACAUCCAUACAAAACGACUGUACAAUCAACACUCACUAACGCACAAGCUAGCGGUGAUUUAUUUUUAAGCAUGACUGGGUAUGUCACGGACAAGCUGAGACCUUAUACACUGGAACAACUUCAAUGCUACGCUUAGCUAAGCUUAGGCUAUAGGAGGGGGCACAAAAAAACUGAACUCAUCAUGCAGUGGCUCGUGGAUCUGCUUACCCACAAUCUGCCCUGUCUACCUUGCGAGCAAAACAUAGUGCUCCUUCCUUAGUGCUCCUCCCGGAAUGACAGUGAAGAGAACACAUUUUAGUUUUAAAGUCAAUUUCCUGCAAUUCUACACUUUUUGCCAUAGGGCGGAGGCAAAUGUUUGCAGUUUUUAAUAUGGUAACUGAUUAUCAACCGGUCGGUCAUUCGACCAUGCUUACUACAAGUUUUGUAAAUUAGCUGGCCGCUAGACUGUCUAAUUAAGCUGACCUGGGCUAAUUGACUGAUGCACAACCCAAUUUUUUUUUUUAAAUUGCACUUUGUCUUUUAUUGUAACUCGCAACAGUAAGUUGAGACCCCAUCCCUGGUCUAGUCAUAUGUACUGUCCUCCCCUCCACCAGAUCAGCAUGAUUCAAGACAUCGGAGUGGAAACUUUGUCUAAAAUGUGCUUUGCAUCCCACAAUAGUUGGAAUAUCAAAUUAAGUAAUUGUGCUCCUUGUGUGGGCAGUACUUUCUUCAAAGGUAACAUUUGUGGGUUACACUUUAUAACUUCAAUGAAUAAACCAUUGUAAAUGUUUAAACGCUUAUAUACAUCUAUGAAUGUCUACUAAUAAUGAAAUACUUAAUAGUUUUAAACUAUUUAUAAAUGGUUAUUCGUGAAUGUUGUUAUUCUUACCCAUUUGAUUACUAAUAAGGCCAUUAUAACGUUUCACUCGACUAAGCUCUGUUAUUCAUCUUUUUUUCCCUUCAUGUUUCUAUCACAGUCCUUUUGUAUGAUGACGACUUCUCUAAUGUGACACUUUUAUUAAACAAACGUUCAGAAGGAAUUAGAGAAGGAAAGCUUUUUUUGGUUGUGAUUUGAGUGACAGUUUUGUCCAUUCCUUACCUUACAACUCAAAUCAGUGAAAUAGAGGAGAGUUGAGGACUCAAGACAAAAUGGGGCGAUUUAUCAUAAGUUGCACAAUAUGUCAAAGUAGCACAGAGAUAAAGGAGUAAGAUACAUUGGGGCAAAAGGUUUUCACACACUUCUACACUAUUCAAAGGGUUUGCGCUUCCCUGGGCAUGUGUGGAGCCAUCUAUUUUCAAUUACUCUUGAGACCCAAAUGUCAAAACCAUACAAUCAUUUUUUUUUUUUUUUCAUUCAAUAUGUGACUCAUACCAGUGAAUGAUUGUCUGCAUUGAAAUUACAUUAUUUCAAUAUUAAUAGAAACCUAAGCAUUAACACAAGGUAUGCAAUUUAAUGGUAUGGAGUCUUGGGUCUAAAUUAUGUUUUCAGUUGUUUGGAAUACACAAUGUUCCUUGAAAUUAUUGUUAAUACUGUUGGUAACUGAAAGUUGAUUGUAAUAGAAUUACCGACAUUCUGGUGUACAGAACUCAUUUAAUUCCCUUCUCUACAUCUUAAAAGGGUGAAGCUGUAAACAAUAUUGUCAUAAAUGCAAACUUAUUUGAAUGUUUUAACACUUUAGGACCUUCUAUAUUCUUUUAUAUGCAUAAAUUAAAACAGAAAUAUUGUAGUCUAUUGCCAGAUAAUGUUUCCGAAACACACAUUUUCCAGAUUUUUGUUCUAUUAUUAUUACAAUUUCAAAGUGAUUUAAGCUCAUACAACAUUAAUAAAUUGUAAUUGUUC